AUGGAUACGCUGCGAGAAUAUGUUACAUUGAUAUUCCCAGACUUGGAGGAAAAUACAAAUACUCUUCAAAGAAAAAUAAAAUUACUGAAAAGUCGAAAAGAUGAUGUUGAUCAUGAAUUACAAAAUGCAGCUUGUCAUUCUGGAAAAAAACGUAAGAGAGUGGUUGAAGAUUGGAGGAAUAAUGUUGAAAACAUUAUAAAAGAGUUUGAAACCUUGGAACCUCGAGUACAACAAAGCAGAAGGCUUUAUCAUGUUUUUUCACGACAAGAGUUGGCUGAACAGGUCGAAAGAAUGACUAAGGAAGUGACGGAACUUGUUGACCAAAGCGAUUUUCCUAGCGGGCUUUUUCUUGAGGUUGAUGAGAGUAUUGACCGGUUAUUGUUAAUACCCCAACCGAAUGACCAAGCAUUUCAACGACAUUUAGAUGACAUUUGUACGUCAUUAAUGGAUGACGGCAUCUUAAGCAUUGGCAUUUAUGGAAUGGGGGGAGUAGGCAAAACGCCUCUGUCAAAGCGUGUCCAUGAUAAGCUAAAAGAAUCCACAUUCUCGGGUCAUGUUUAUUGGUUCACCGUCUCUCAAGAGUUCAGUAUUGACAAAUCGGGUCAUGUUUAUUGGGUCACCGUCUCUCAAGAAUUCAGCAUUUACAAAUUGCAAAGUGACAUUGCCCAAGCAUUGAAACUAGAUUUUUCAUGUGGGAGUGAUGUGAAGAAAAGGACAGCUCAACUGUUCCGAGAAUUUGAGAAAAGUGGGAGAUCCAUACUUAUACUGGAUGAUGUUUGGAAACAAAUUAAGGCAUUGGAGAUAGGCAUUCCUUUAAAAAGGGAUGGAUGCAAGUUGGUUGUAACAAGUCGAUCAGAAGAAGUUUGUCUUCGUAUGAGCUGCAAGAAGAUUAUCAAAGUGAACACGCUUUCCAAGCAAGAAGCUUUGGACCUAUUCUGGAAGACACUUAAUCGUGAUGAACUAUCUGUUGAAGUAGAAGAGAUUUGCAAGAAAAUGGUAAAUAUAUGUGAUGGUUUGCCACUUGCACUCAUCACAUUAGCUGGAAGCAUGAGAAGCGUGAUUGACAUUCAUGAAUGGAAAGAUGCAUUGGAAGGACUAAAAGUGUCAUGUUUUGAACCUGUUCUUGAAGACACUUGA